AUGCAAAUACCUCUAGAAAUUCCUAUAAAGUUUAUCUAUGCACCUGUUGCAGGCUGGAGAUGGAAAGAGGAAUGGACUGUUUUUGCUUCUUUGAUUUCAGAGUUGGCACUGCUUACUAUCUUGCUUAUAGCUGUUGGGGUUCUAUCUCGAACGAAGAGAAAUGUGCUAGAUGAAUCAGAAAUCAAUCAGCCAGCAAAUUCUCAAGAAGCUUUAUUGCAGGGCACUAAUAUCAUUGCAUAUGAUUCCAGUGAUCUAGCUGCAGCCACUAACAAUUUCUCGCUGGCUAAUAAGAUAGGGCAUGGUGGCUUUGGCAAUGUUUAUAAGGGUGUACUAGCGAAUGGAGUAGAAAUUGCAGUGAAGAAGCAGGACAUGACUUCACGUCAAGGAUUUACUGAGUUCAAGAAUGAAGUCAAGUUAAUAGCAAAGCUACAACAUCGUAACCUAACCAAGUUGUUGGGAUACUGCGUUAAUGGAGCAGAAAAAUUCCUAGUGUAUGAAUUCAUGGCGAAUAAUAGCCUAGACAAGGUCAUAUUUGAUCCUGCAAGAAGGGGUGCAAUAACAUGGCCAAUGCGCUUCAACAUUAUCAAGGGAAUCGCAAAAGGAUUAGUUUACAUGCAUCAUGACUCAAGGUUGACAAUUAUCCAUCGGGACUUAAAGGCUAGCAAUGUCUUGCUAGACAGAGAGAUGACACCCAAGAUAUCUGACUUAGGGUUGUCAAGGGUAGUCGAAGAUGAUGUUGAAGAAAAGACUCAGCAUUUAAUUGGAACACGUGGUUAUAUGCCACCUGAGUAUAUGGAACAUGGACGUUAUUCAACAAAAUCAGACGUGUUUAGUUUUGGAAUCCUGACAUUGGAGAUUGUGAGUGGCCAAAAGAAUUAUGAUUAUCGGCAUCCAGUCUACGAUAUUGGUCUGGUAGACUAUGCUUGGAGAAUUUGGAGUAACGGGAAUGCAAUAGAACUACUGGAUCCAAUGAUUGAAAAACCAGGUGAUGAGAAUGAAGUUUUAGGAUGCAUCCUUGUUGGGCUCUUGUGUUGUCAACGCGGUCCCCAAGACAGACCUUCAAUGAUUCAGGUGGUUUCCUUACUGGAGGAAAAUGAAAUGUCAAGGUUAAAUUUUGUGCCUCAGGAACCUUACUACUCUAAGGACUCGAGUCGUGGUGCAGGAGUGGAAACAGCAAGAAUGAUGUAA